UUUCUCUGUACCUCUACAAGAGUUUUAGAGCAGGUUGGGAGAAGGAUUAAGUUGAUCUGACCAUUAUGAGUCUUUUGAGGAAAAACGGGUACUAAUUUCAAGUCUGCGAUUUCUUUUUUUUCUUUACCUUUUUAUUAUUUUUGACGGUCUAUUUUAUUCAUUUUAAUGGAAUUAGAAAAUUUAUUUUCCCACGCGGACUCGAACCCACGACCUAGAAUUUCCCGCUGGGAGGGUCAUUAGGCCUGUAUCAAUUUUAAUAUAAAAAAAUAUUUUCAGGUCUAAUGGUGAUUACAGGCUCUGAAAGUCCAAUAGUCGUCGUCUUAUCAGGUUCAAUGGAGCCAGCAUUUUUCCGAGGCGAUUUGUUAAUGCUUACAAAUGAUGUUGAUGAUCCAAUUCGUGCUGGGGAUAUUACAGUCUUUAAAAUUGAAGGAAGAGACAUUCCAAUUGUUCAUCGAGUUAUUAAAGUACACGAAAAGGAUAAAGACGACACUAAAUUUUUGACAAAAGGAGACAAUAAUAUGGUGGAUGAUCGCGGUCUAUAUGCUUCUGGUCAAUAUUGGUUACAACGCAAAGACGUUGUUGGACGUGCUAAAGGAUUUGUACCUUAUGUUGGAAUGGUCACAAUAAUUAUGAAUGAUUAUCCAAAAUUGAAAUAUUCUGUUUUGGUGUUGUUAGGACUUUUUGUGCUUUUACAUCGUGAAUAG